AUGCUUUUUUCACUAUCUUCCGUUUCGAAAGCUUUGUCGAUCCUUACUUUCGGGUUGACUUGUGUCUCUUCUUUACCAUUGAAAAUUGGGGAAUAUGGAACACAUGAUAAUGAUGGGAUAUGCAAGAAUCCACGAGUGCGCAAAGAAUGGAGAAAGCUUUCUGAUCUUGAGAAGGCCGACUAUCUCCGAGCUGUAGACUGCCUUCACAGCAUUCCAGGGCAGUAUGCCGAUGUAAUUGAUGGACUUUCGGUUUUUGAGGACUACAUAUACGUUCAUAAGACCCAAACGCCUUAUGUGCACCUGGUGGGGCACUUCCUCCCAUGGCACAGAUACUUUAUGUGGACAUACGAAGAGGAUUUGAGAAACCGCUGUGGCUAUAAAGGCGCUCAACCUUAUUGGGACUACUCCCUAGAUGUGCCUCCUACGGCUGAAGUCACAAGUUUAUCAGCCUCUCCAAUAUUCUCCCCUGAUACAGGCUUCGGCGGAGAUGGUCAAUAUGCCAAUGACAGUUCACUUCCUGGACUUGAUCUUCCGAAGGGUACAGGUGGUGGCUGUGUUACUGACGGACCCUUUGCGGAUUGGACUAUUCAUAUCGGAAGAAAUACAACUCAAAUCCGGGAUGAUAGAUGCUUGCAACGAAGUCUUAACCCAACAAUUGCAAAUGAUUGGUGCAAUGCCAACGUCGAGGCGGAAAUCAUGGCACAGAAGGAUUUUGGCUGGAUGCACCACGUGCUGGAGGGAGAGCCUAGUUAUGUCAAAAUGGGUGUUCACGGCGGAGGGCAUUUCGCCGUAGGAGGAUCUGCUUCUGAUGUAUUUACUGCGAAUACUGAACCACUUUUCUACCUCCACCACACAAACCUCGACCGCAUGUGGUGGCAAUGGGCAAUGGCCGACCCGGAGAACCGCGUUUGGGAUAUCUCUGGCCCCAUUGCGCCGUGGACAGACAUAUUGGCCCCCAACCGCACUGGUCUUCCCACAGGGAAUGUCACGCUCGAGUUUGAGCUUGGUCUUGGGAGACUGGCAGAUAUGAUUGAAGUCGCUGAUUUGAUGGAUACGGAGGGUGAUUUCUUAUGUUAUAUUUAUGAGCUGUAG